UCGACUUUCUCCAGGGUGAUGGAGAGAAAUAUGUAUUAAGUCGGCCUGAAAACGUUCAAACCCAACGGUGAUCGCUUGAUCUUUGUGCUCUGUGACAAGGCACAGCUAUGGCCGGUAUACGUAGAGUAAAUGGGAAAUUGUCUGGAGUUAACCCCGCUGUCAGUUGCUCUCGCCUGCGUCAGGUUCAAGCCCUGCUCUGCGAAGGAGACAGCCUCACCCCUGAUGGCAUUUUGUGCUCUCUCGGAAUAGACAGCAGAUAUAACGAGGGAUGCACAGAGCUGGCAAAAUAUCUUUUCUAUGGGCUGUAUGAACGGAGCCAGCCAAACCUGGAGCAUGCCUUUGAUGACGUUCCUGAGGAAAUGCUGGACGACGUGAUCCUACUGAUAAAGGCAGAGUGCGUCCAUCUCUACUGCAACCCGCUGAACUACAGUUACCUGUUGCCUUAUGUGUCACACUGGAGGAACCUGCAGCUCUACUGCAUGACAGAGACUGAGUAUGAAGACGAAGAAGCAGCGGAAGAGUUCAAAAUCUCCAGCUUUGUCACGAUGGUGCAGGACUGCCAGCGCAUUGGGGUUGCAUACAGCUCCCAGGGGCACAUCCAGAAGUUUGAUGUGUUUAUGGUGGAAAAGUGGCCCCUGAUUCAAGCAUUUGCCCUUGAAGGGAUAGGCGGUGGGAGCUUUUUUACCAUCAAAUACAAGAUUGUGGAAAUGAGUGAGAAGCUGUGGCAGGUUUACACCAGACUCGACCCAGUGUCCCUGGAUAAUCUCUUAACAGAGGACCUGGGAAUCUUUGAGAAGCAGUGGAGCAACUUCUUCUCCCGCAUCGACCUGGAGAGUCAUCUCUCCAUCUUGGAUCUGUCUGAGGCACAGGCAGGAGAGGCUUUCCGUACUUUCUACUGCCACGGGCUGAUUUCAAACAACAUCUCAGAUAAAAGUAAAAGUCGGCAGCCCUUCGUGCUGUUUGGGAAGCACUCCACCUCUGAGGACCUGGAGAACAUUUCCUUCAACUUUCCCUCAGAGAGUCAUCAGGUCCGCAACACGGGGCCUCAGGGUUCUGCUGCCAGACACAUGAUUCUCCAGUGUGUGGCCCCCAAAGGCCCUUUGUCCUGUUCACGAACAUAUUUCUUUGGGACUUCUCAUACCCCGUAUCUUGGGAUUCAGAUGCCAGAGCAAAAGAAAACCGAAGUCUUAGUAGCAUCACAGAUUUACUCUGCUGUGGUUCAAGGAGUCUUCUCUGGAAUAAAAUGCUACUCCACUACUUCCAGUUUUACCGAGGCUGAAGAUGAUGCGGUGAACUCGUUUCUUCUGGCGUUGGACUCGAUGGGUUUCGGCCACUAUCGCACUCAUCUCAGGUCAAAAUGUGAAUUCAGCAUUCAAGCCACAAAUAAUCGAGGAGUUGUAAUUCCCCUGACUGACGAAGGCAGCCGUUAUCUAGUCAAAACGGCUUCCCUGAUCGUCAGAGACAUCCCAGACCUGCAGGAGAACAGGGGAGAGUUUGGCACUGUGCUCUACUCUGAAUCUUUUCUGGAGUCCAGCAUCAACAUUCAGCAGAGAGAUGGCACUGUGUCCUCAGACAGCUGCUACGCCAUCCUGACUGCAAAUGUUCCCCGCUACGCCUGCUGGCUGAUGGAAUCAGACGUCAAGCAGUCAGAACAAGCCCUGCAUCUCGCUAUGAAAGAGGGUGGCAGUUAUCUGGGAGCUUCUCUGACUGAAGCAGAUGCUGCUUAUGUGUUCUCCGGUGGCCAGCUCUGCUCACCUGAGGAAGGUAAAAUCAGGUUUUUCUCUGAGGGACUCCUGUUCAUCCACUCUCAAUGUGGGUGCAUCACUCUCUCGAAGGAUCACAUUCGUAGAAUCAUCUUUUAUAUCCCGGACUCCUGCAGUGUGGGCUCUCUGUUUGUAGAGUAUGAGAGCAGCCUGUUCCCACACCUUCCGUUCCCUCUGCACAGCUCUGAUCAGUGUCUGCUCUUUGCUCUUCAGCCUAGAUCUAAGAGCUACAAGGCCUUCUUUGCCAAGGUUUUGCCAGUGUGGAAAGAUCCAGAAGCUGGAUUUGGCCUGCAGCUGUUGGACCAAGAACAGCUGUCCUUGAACCAAAGAAACAUGCACACCAGAGUCCAGAAGCUACAUGACAGCCAGGAGCCGCCCGUUGCUAAGCGCAGAGACAACCUCAAGACUUCACACUCCAAGCUGCCAGAGCAGGAAAUGUUUCUGCAGCACUUUGCUUUGAGCAGCAUCGGCCAGGAGCCCGUUCUGUACGACCACCUGGAGGCGCUGUUCCCCUCUGCAGAGCUCACAAACCAAGGCCAUGAGAAGGGAGACAAGGUUAUGAUUAACAUCAUCACUGGACUGCCAGGAAGCCAUAAGAACAUCCUUUCUUACUUCUUAGUGGACCAAACCAAAGAAGAUGGAAAGUGGGUGGUGUAUGAACCCGACAGCUUCUCAACCUCACACCUCCAGCAGUAUUUGUCGAGCUUCCUAGAGAGCCGAGGAGGACGAGGCAAGCCUCGCCUGUUGCUGCUCACACCCGGAUACACAGACGUUCUGGAUGUGGUCCAGGCUGUGCUGUUCCACCCAGAUGCGGCCGUCCGGGCUCGUUUCGCCGUCGGUGCCGUCACAGCCUGCGUGAACCCGCUGGCGUCUUGCAUGGAACACCGGUUUGCUUUUCCCAAGCUGUUGGAACAGUGCAGUCAAGGUAUUGUGAGUACAGUGGUGUUUACGGGGCUGACAGCGGAGCAGAAGCACCCUCUCAUGCAGCAUGUUCAGCAGUUGGUACGCUCCGCUAACCCCACCGCUGCCUUCAUACCGGCGGAGAGAGGAGCUGUCAUCAGGGACGAAGAUGUGAGCCUGAUACUGUCUGAGAGCAGCUUCGGCGAGCCGCAGAUGCUGAGAGCGCGCUACGUCCUCUACCCUGGAUGGUGCAAAGGACGCUUCUUCUCUGGCUCGGGGACGGUGAGCGUCGCCCAGCAGCGUGUGGCUUUCAGCCGACCUCUAGAGAGGCCUCUGUUUGUCAUCCACUGUAAAGCAAUCAAGUCGUCAUUAAAGUCGAGUCCAUUCAGAGGAAAUGUUUACAACAUUUGGGGGAAAGUCAAAUUUUCAGACUCGGCUGGAUUGAUGGAUGUGCGCUUCAAUGCAGUUAGCGGGAGUCUGACCAUCAUCCCGGACAAGACCCCACUCCACAAAGAGACCAGCCCCUCCUGCUAUCUGACCUUCGACGGGGUUGGUCUCGUCCAGGACGAGCUGAAGGCCUGGUUGAGACUCUGCACCAAACAGAAGCAGGCCAAGAAAACAAAGAAGACUCCAAACACCCUGUCGACACAAGAAAUCCAGAGCAUACACGUGGCCCGACACUUGGAUCCACUACCACCAGGUUAUUUCUACAAUGGCUAUCAAUACGUUGACAUCUUCGGAGAAAAAAGGAGCUUCCAUCCCAACAUGGAAGAGUUCAUUAAAGAAUACAUCUCUGAGGCCAACGAAGAGAUCGAGCAGUUCAACCGUCAGCUGGAGCUGCAAGAGGAGCCUGACUUGUUUGGUCCAUGAUAGAGUCUGUGUUUGAUCGCGUCGCCUGUUGGUGGGCGGGGCGGGGCGGGGCGGAUACACAGCACCAGUUUAAUAGUUUUCAAUGAGUAAUCCCACCACACGCACCUACAGAAGGUGCCGGUUCAUCGGAUUCAUUCCAUUUGUCUGCUAACAUCGCCACUUUUUUUCGUCUUUUUUUUUCUUCUUCGAGUGCCCUCCACUCCGUCAGGUGAGGCAGCGACCGCCUGCCUCGCAAUAAGCUCUGAACGAAACAGCAAGUUGUUGUCAUUCGGAUCGAAAUACAGAUGGACCCGAAACCAAAACACGACCUUAAACUCGACAUGAUUACGGCACAAAGCCUGCGAGCUAUGGCACUUUCACAACCGAAGGGGGAUUUUCAAUCACACACUCUCACAGCUUGAGCAUUUCUGUUUGUCACAGUCGGCGAAUUAAUGCGUCUAUUUCUGGGUUGGCUUGAAUAGCCGUACGAUCCUGGUAGGCUCCCUGGUGGGGUUUCUCAAGAAUCGCUCCUCCUCUGUUGUCACCCAAUCCGCCGUCCACCUGUUAGCUUGUUCGCGAGCCACGCUGGAGCAGAGGGAGCGUUUGGUCGCGGAGUGGUAAACAUUAGAAAGCUCGACGGCUCAACACUACUGUUUGUCACGUCUCUACAAGCCAUCCCCGGCUUUAUAAAAAAAAAAAAAAAGACAGACACCCUCCAGGAGAUUCUAAUUGUACAGUACUUUAAAUUGAUUAAGAGUCUAAAGCGAGGUUUAGUCAUUUUAUACCAGCUGUAAGCUGUCAAAAACACAUGGAGUCACACAGAUGACAUUUCCACUUGACAUAUUUAUUCUGUAAACACUUCAGCCAGUUCAUUAAAGCGUUCUUUCAAAUAGGAGAGACAGAUCAGUGGUGCUUUUUCAGAAGGCUGCAGUAUGUAACUUUUAAAAACAAUAUGUUAUUUUUUUUUUUUAUUUGUUAAGUCUGUCAAUAUGUCAUGACUUUAUAAAAUGAGACAGAAAAACUUGAGCUCCUCUGCCUUCUUCCUGUGGUUCUUCUGCCAUCUGCAGAAACUGCUCUAGGUCAGAAGCAACCAAUCGAAGCAAGGAGGAGGGGCUCAGCGCAGUCAAUCAUGCUUGUGUAGUGAUGGUGGAAAAACAACUAAACUUUACAGGAAAACAGUUUCUAGUGUGCUAACUAAUCUUAACAUUCGCGGCAGGCUGAGUUGUGGGGGUUCUAGCUGUAGCAUAGCAAAGAGCAAGGAAGAAAUUGUGAGCAGCACAUUGACAAGUGUGAUUGACAGUGGUAAGACCCUCCUCCUGGUUUUGACCUAGCAGUUUAUUUCAGCAGAUGGCAGUAGGACCACAGGGUGAAGACAGAGGAAUUUGUGAGGUUGAACAGAUUUUCUGUCUUAUAUUAGGCUGUCAUGGUGACCGUUUUCACAAAUAUGUGAAUAAAUACAUACUAUUUCUAAAAAGAAAAUACUGCAAAAAUUGGUGUCAACAUAUUUGGGCAAAACCUUGAUUUACGUUCAUAAAUGGUUAAUGUUAGAUACACAUUAGUGGAGCAUAGUUAAAGGCUUAGUCACAAAGAUUUGGACUUGACGUCCUUUUUAAGUGAGUUGCUUUGCUGCUGUUUGCUCUGUGAUUGAAUACCACGUUGAUGUCACAUGCAUGUCUUUGAAAUUGAAGAAUUUCCAAACCUGUGUUUUGCUGGUCCUGCACAGGCUUUGGAAUUCUACAACGUUUGAGAAAGUGGAUAUAAUAGGCGCAGAAUUCACCCGUGAACAUGUGCUGGUAUUUGUGUGGCCACAUAGUAACAUAGUGUAGACACUCUUGAAUGAUAAACUCUAAAACUCGAUUUUUUAAAAUAGUAGUAGGAAUCUUCCAAGUAAAGAUGCACCAUUCAGAAAUUUGACAGUUUUUUUUUGUUGAUCUCUGGGUUUUGGAAAACUUUGACCUGCUGAUACGGCAUUAGGCUAACGACAAUUUGUCUUUAGCCACGAUGAUAUGAGAUGGUAGAACAAUAUCAAAAAGCCAUUACUGUUAGCCGUCCUCACAUAAGGAGACUCUAUAAAUAUAUCACAACCAACACAAAGUAAUGAUUGCGUUGACAUUUUGACCUUGGUUAUUUUGGCGAUUAGUGUGAAUUACAUGGCUAACAUUGUGAGAACGGCAAGCGUUCAGAUUCUGACCUUACGCCAGACAUUUUUAUCGAUAAGUCUAUCAACAUUUAAACAGUUUUAAAGCACAAAAGUUCUUUGUGGUUCUGUUCAGCCUUCCUGUUAUCUGUUGAGCCUCUUGCUUUCUCACAGACUCAACAAACAACCCAAAUGUUAGCAAGCUGAAAGAAAUACAGUCUCCUUAAACUAAUUAUUAUUAUUUUUUACAUUAAUUUGACUUUAAGACUUCACAGUGAGUGGAAAUAGGUAACUUUAACCCUUCUCCACACAGUAACACCUUCCACACUGAGCAGUACUAACAGUACACCUGUCACUAACUGGGGAAAGAUUCUUGAGUCUAUCAGAUCACGAUAAACUCCCAAUUUCUCCGUGCAUCUCUGCUUUCGAUAGUAUCGGAAGAUUUAAAGGCAUACAUUCAAAAUAGAGUUAAUGUAAUAAGCAGACUGCACCUUUUAGUCAGGAGGCUAAUAAAAGCAGCCUUGGGAUGUCAAGUUAGAUUAAAUUCCGUCUUUCACUGUGAAAUGUUCUCAUUUGGUGAAGCUUUCAUACAAAUGUGUAUGGAAACCUGUUAAAUGAGCAAAACGUAAUUAAUAUCGCUAGCUAAAAGUCAACGUGACCCUACUGGCCCCAUGAUUUCUCUCCUUAAAGUGCACUCUGGUCUGUAGAAGCCAUAUCCUUUCAUUCUAGUGGUGCUCCAGUCCUUUUGUCAAGUUAUUAGACUACAGAAAAGCAGCUAAACUUCACCAUUAUCUACCAAAAAUUUACAUGGAGAGGAGCUCGUUUCAUAUUUCUUCUCUUAACCAUCCUCUACUUGAUAAAAGUGCAAUUCCUCAGUGUGUUUUUAUAUGUGAUGCCUCUUUAAGGACGAAGAUGAAACAAAUGAGCUGCUGAAUUCUCCAGCUCCCGCCGCUGGUUUUCUGUUCUUUGCUGCCACCGCUGCUCACAUGGCAAAAUCGAGGGCUUUGUUGCAAUUAAAUACCACUGGGGGGAAAAAAACCAAAACGAUAAGUAUUACCUCAGCUCACAACGGAUGGGACAAAAUUCCAACAGAUUACGGAGCUUUUUCAGAAAUGGUACAGGAUUAUGUAGAACCUUAAUCCUUUGGUGACAAAAGGAUAACUUGCAUCUAAGCUGGAUCCCCGCUUGAACAUUUCAACGAUGCACUCCGGGAGGCUGUCUGUUUUCAGCAACAGUUGGCAUAGUUGUGAGUUUAUGUAAUACUGCAGAGAGUUACCUUGAUUGACAGCGAGGUGGUUGGGAGGCAGAUGCAUGGGAGACCGUUGGCAGACCUUUGAACCCGGCUGUGGAUCAAACGGUAGGGAGCCCGAGACCCCAGUAAGUCCUUAAAGAGACGGGGUUCUGCUACACGUUAGUGAUAUUUAAACAGAAUUUCCACUAACCGAUAUAUAGACUCAUUUAUCCAUGGGUACUAUCGCAACUCUUGUGUGUAGAUUUGCAUGUCGAGAUGUCAUUUGAAUAUUACAAUACAUAUACUUGGAUUUUCCUUCUUUUUUAAAAAAAAAUGCCUUUCACCAAACUGGUACAACGAAGCAAAGAAAACUCACGUUUAUUUUACAUAUCUGCGAAGAAUUUGAAUUUACCUCAAAGCAACAAAUAGUAUUUUUGUAAGACUGUGAAUUGAACAAAAUGGUUUCCUCACGCACAAGCUUCAGCAGAAGUAAAGGCAGAUGCAAAUCUUUUGUAGAAAAGCGCACACACGCACAAAAACAGCAACAACAAAAAAAAAACUGACAAGAAUCUGAUCAGUUGUGAGACGUCAGGUUUCUCUGAUCCAGCUGUGCCUUGGCUACAGCUAAGAAAAGCAGAGAUUAAAGCUGCUUUCAGAGCUUCAUCCUUCUCCCCGUGACAGGGAAAGGAGGUGCUGUCAGGCAAGAAUCUGUCCUUCAACAGUGUUGGUGAAAGGAAUCCAUGGAGUCGCUCUUUAAAGCGGUGUGUUUUAUUUACAAAGCCGGAGGGCGAAAGUGGGCGAAGUCACACAGCGAGGCUGCUGGCAGGCUCGGGCUCAAAUCAGGUGUACUUUUCGAAUUUGCGAAAAUCUCCAACAAAAGAAAAAUAAAUAAAUAAAGACAAUAAAAAAAAUCGGGUGAUCCCUGUUUAUUGAGAAUCGGGAGCCCAACUGAGCCCUCCACAAGCCUCCAACGGGUGACUGCUUCACAGCUCUUCGGCAAACUGAGCGCUCCUUUGUUUCUGUCUUGUGUGCUGUAGCUGAAGUUAUAGGACAAAAACGAAGUUUGGUGUCAAUUGGUUCUACAAGGUUGGGAAGGAAUUGUGGUAUCCUUGUAACUACAGUUUGAGAAAAUGUUUUUGGAAUUUAUUUUCUACUUUUAAAGAUUGGCUUUAGAGGGAUAGUUAAGAUUUUUAAGUGAGAUCUGAGAAGUUAGUGUUAGCUUCCUUAGCUAAACGGGUGUCAUAUAUACACCGCGGGUGAUGAUUCUUAGCUCGGGUCCUCUACCAGAGGCCUGGGAGCUUGAGGGUUCUGCGCAGUAUCUUGGCUGUGCCUGAUGUUGUUCCUGGGAUCUGUUGUAGCCACUGUUCCAGUUUGGGGGUGACUGCCCCGAGGGUCCCGAUGACCACAGGCACCACUGUGAUCUUCACAGAAAUAGUUUUCUGGGGGGAGAAAUUGGUAAAAUCUCACCUCCUGGGGCACCAUUAAUGCCUGAACCGCCUCUAUAACUGAAAGCAAUUUCAUGAAACAUCACUUCAGAAAAUCUGAACUAUCCCUUUAAAACUCUACAGCAGUUUGGCAUGUGCCCACUUGUUAACAAGAUGGAUAUUUUUAUGGUAUUUUUAAGUGUUUUGGGAAAAGGCAGCUUGAAAAUGGAUUUUUACCUCCCAGAAUAUUUUAGUAGCCUAAAGGGAACAUUGAUGCUAAUUGUUCAGACUGUUCUGUCCUGGUAAGGUUAAAAGAAAAUCACAGGCUUCACAUCCUUACAGUCAUCCCAGGAAAUGGAAGGUUUUUGCUCAGGUUUAAUGUGAUUAACUUACCUAAGAUUUCAUAUUUGUACGACCAAACUUAAGCGUUACCGAGGCGUACGGAGGUGAAAUUGUGCUUGAAAUAUUUGAUGUGUAGCCUCACACAGACUGGUUGAAAAAAAAAAAAAAAAACUACAACCAUGCUGUUAUAGAUUUUAAGGAACAGUCAUGAUGGAAGUCAGCGGUUAUUUGAUGUCAUGACGGCGGGAUUAUAUCUAUAUUUAAAAUAAAGGGCUAAUUUCUUUUUCAACUUUUACAAAAAAUAAAUAAAUAAAUAAAUAAUUUCUUGUUCUCUAUUGUCAUGAAAAGCAAAGUAACUUUUAAAAGUGCCAAACUGACUUCCAGAUUUUAUUCGAAGGGUUCGCGAGGAAAUGAGCUAAAGCGACUUGCGUUUGCACAAAACUACUGUAACUUCAGUUUUUCCUCCUGUGACUGAUGCUUUUCUAAAUUGACUGUUGUAUUUAUUGCACCACAUAACUAAUAAAGAUAUUUAUAUGCCA